GCGAGAGACCAGUAGGAAGUCGGUGCAGAGGGAGGGGAGGAAGGAAGGGGUCACGUGCAGUCGGCGGCCCGGGGUCACGUGACGGAGUGCGGGUCUGGGAGUUCUCCCGAGGGAAGAAGAGUGGAGCGCGGGGGACGCGGCGGGUGGCGCUGACAAUGAGUUUUCUUGGCGGCUUUUUUGGUCCCAUUUGUGAGAUUGAUGUUAUCCUUAAUGAUGGGGAAACCAGAAAAAUGGCGGAAAUGAAAACUGAAGAUGGCAAAGUAGAAAAAAACUAUCUUUUCUAUGAUGGGGAGUCUGUUUCAGGAAAGGUAAACCUAGCCUUUAAGCAACCUGGAAAGAGGCUAGAACAUCAAGGAAUUAGAAUUGAAUUUGUAGGUCAAAUUGAACUUUUCAAUGACAAGAGUAAUACUCACGAAUUUGUAAACCUAGUGAAAGAACUAGCCUUACCUGGAGAAUUGACCCAAAGCAGAAGUUAUGAUUUUGAAUUUAUGCAAGUUGAAAAGCCAUAUGAAUCUUACAUCGGUGCCAAUGUCCGCUUGAGGUAUUUUCUUAAAGUGACAAUAGUAAGAAGACUGACAGACUUGGUAAAAGAAUAUGAUCUUAUUGUUCACCAGCUUGCUACCUACCCUGAUGUUAACAACUCUAUUAAGAUGGAAGUGGGCAUUGAAGAUUGUUUACACAUAGAAUUUGAAUAUAAUAAAUCAAAGUAUCAUUUAAAGGAUGUGAUUGUUGGAAAAAUUUACUUCUUAUUAGUAAGAAUAAAAAUCCAACACAUGGAGUUACAACUGAUCAAAAAAGAGAUCACAGGAAUUGGACCCAGUACCACAACAGAAACAGAAACAAUUGCUAAAUAUGAAAUAAUGGAUGGUGCACCAGUCAAAGGUGAAUCAAUUCCAAUAAGACUAUUUUUAGCGGGAUAUGACCCAACUCCAACAAUGAGAGAUGUGAACAAAAAAUUUUCAGUAAGGUACUUUUUGAAUCUGGUCCUUGUUGAUGAGGAAGACAGAAGGUACUUCAAGCAGCAGGAGAUCAUUUUAUGGAGAAAAGCUCCUGAAAAACUGAGGAAACAGAGAACAAACUUUCACCAGCGAUUUGAAUCACCAGAAUCACAGGCAUCUCCUGAACAGCCUGAAAUGUGAACUGAGUAGGAGAAAAAAAUAAAAAUAAAAACUCUUAGAACCGUUGAGAUUAAGUUCAGUUGAUUAAAGAUGGUUGCAGCAUGAAGCAGGGGGAAGGCCAAAAGUCCAUGUAUAAUAGUCUUCCUUUAUCUUACAGCGCUGCAUUUAUUUUAUGAUAUAACUAAAUAUUCUUACAUAUACUACAUUUUAAAAAGUGCUUUCUUUGAAACACUGGAACUUUCUUAAGCUGCCGUGGUUUUUUUUUUUUACUGCACACUUUGAUGGUAAGCACUCAUAUAUGCAUCAGUAUAAACAUUAAAGAUUUUCAUGAGUAGGCUGGUAUUUGUAAUUUUGCUUUCUUUAUGCAUAAUGUUGAUUGUAAACCAGUUUCUUUUCCUUUUUCAUGCCAAUAAUUACCUCUUAUCCUCUACAUGCAAAAUUAAAUAUUUUGUGUUCAAAUAAAAUUGGAAAACCUGAGUGGCCCUUACAUCCUACAGAGAUUUAAAACAUGGCAUCUUAAUAUUUUUGAGUACUACAUUUAUGUUCUUACAUGUGUAUUUGAGAAAUGCAAAUGGAAUGUUUCACUGUAGGUGCUUCUGAGUCUACCAUUCCAAAGCUUCCUGAAUUUUAUUCUUUGAAGUCUUCUGUGGUAUUAAUUUUUUCCUUGCAGAAAUUAUGUAGCAUGUUAUUACAGCCUUUUUUUCCUGUCAUGAGAAGUAACCAUUCUGCUACUACUGUCCAGCAGGUACACUGUAUGUUUUCUGCAAUGUGGAGUUGAGUCUAUGUUGGCAUUUAGAAUUUGUUAAAUCUCUAUAAUUUUUCUGUUGAUACUUUGAAAUUUUUUUUUAAUUUAAGGAAUCUUUUUACCACAUAUAUGCAAAUAUAAUUUUCUUGACUUCACUAAUCUUCUCUUCCCUUUGAAGGAGAGAAUUUGAGGAUGGGGGUGAUUCAGGUGGACCUGUUAAUGAGCUUAUCGUUAUCCAGAUCUGGGACAAUAUCAUUUUUGUUAAAUUGGAACUUGGGCUCAUUCAAACUCAACUUUAAAUUUCACCCGCUCUGUUUAAAUUUUAAUACUAAAUUCAAGUAAUUUGUUCAAAGUUUGUAAAAAAGCUGCAGUCAUGUGCCUAAGGUCUGAUCUCAGACACACUAAAUGUGGGGUGUAGGAACUAAAACAACGAAGCUUGUUGUGUGAAACUACUCCACAUGAUUCAUUGGUUUUUGUACCAAUAUAUUUUAUACACUUCAGUGCAAGUCUUGUGAGUUAACCUUACUUUAUGAGUAAGCUAAUUAAUCCAAAUUACAUUUCUUUAAACUUGUUUUACUACGAUGGCACUUUGAUAAAAUGGUCAGUAACCAGCUUCUUUUCUGGCAAAAGGUUCCAUGUACCAUGCGCUGGAGCAUCUGUUUUAACUGUGGAUAUAUGUAAAUGGUCAUAUUUCCCUUUCAUGUAAGUGCCUGUUCAGAGUUUCAGAAUUUAAAAAUGCCAAAUAUUCUCAUGGUCACUUGCAUGAAGUAAUCUAGAAAAUAUUCACAGAAAAUUUGAAAACCAGUUGUAUUUAUCCAGCCUCAAAUCAUGUGACCAUGAUGUAUAAUAAAGAAUUUGAAACAGAUACUGAACUUGCUUUAAAUGAUUAAAAUAAUUAUUUUCUCAGA